AUGCUGCCGCGGGUGGAGGCGCUCGCCGCCGACCGCGCGCGCGUGGAGGAGACCAACAAGGCCCAGCACCAGCUGUUGGAAACCCUAUAUGCCCGCCUCCUCCAGGCCGAGGCGAGCAGGGAGAGGUGGAAGACUGCCUACACGGAGCUGCCUCCCGGUGCUAACCCCAAGCUCGCCGAUGGAGAUCUUUGUCAAGAUCCAGUCUACAAAUCUUCGCAUAAAAAGAAAGAUUCACUGUUUAAAGACAGUCAUUCUUGAGGUCAAGGGAUCAGAUACAAUCUGGGAUGUCAAGGAUAAGAUUCGAGACAAGGAGGGCAUCCCUGUAGGCCAGCAGAGACUCAUAUUUGGCAGUAAGCUGCUGGUGGGCAGCUGCACCCUGGAGGACUACAGCAUCGUGGAGGAGUCCGCCCUCACCCUUGAUCUUGUGCCCCGAGGGAUGCAUAUCUUUGUCAGGCCACUGACUGACAGGAUCAUGACUAUUGAUGUUGACAGAGAGGAUACCAUAAGCAGUGUGAAGGCAAUGAUUUUCGAAAAAAACGGCAUUCCCCCGCGCAGACAGCGUCUCUGCUUUGCAGGGAAGCAGCUGGAGGAUGGCCGCACCUUGGCUGACUACGACGUGUACAAUGAAUCUACCCUUUUUCUUGUGGUGCGCCUCCACAAGUGUGAGGGAGGUCGGAUGCACAUCAACAUCAUGGUGAAGACACUGAAUGACAAGAUCAUUACUACUGAGGUUGAGGGAGAAGAUAGCAUAUACAGUGUGAAGGUAAAGAUUUUCAAUGAAACUGGCGUUCCCCCAGGCAGACAGUGUCUCAUCUAUGCUGGAACGUAAUGGACGAUGGCCUCACCUUGGCUGACUACGACGUGCCCAAUGGGUCUACCAUUUAUCUUGUGUCACGCCUCAUGCGCAUCUCUGUCAGGACGGUUAGCUGGAUGAAAAUCAUUGAGCAUGCGUUUAUGCAAUCACAGACCAUUGAGGACAUCAAAGCGUGGAUUUACUCUGAGGUGGGCAUUCUCCCGGAGCAGCAGCAGCUCUCUGACCCUGGCGGCGCCCCCCUGGCUGAAGAGAUCCUGUAUUCAUGCACCCUUGUCCUGCAGAUCCGUCCUCCCGGUUGUCAGUGAGAUGGAUGUAAAUUGGCCGUUGACUGAUGGUGAUAUUAGUGAGAGCUCAGAAUGGGUCGAGGUUGAACUUGAAGAGGUUGUUUAGCAUGUGUGGGGUCAUUUUGGUACAAUGCAGGAUGUAAAAUGGGUGAACUGUUGUAGUUUCUGGGCUGGUAACAUGUGUUCUUGUAUGCGAGUACUUGAUAAUUUCAGUGCGACGUGUAAGGUGUCGUUAUAUGAGUCGUUAGUAAGGUGUCGUUAUAUGAGUCGUUAGUAAGGUGUCGCUAGCCUAAGAUGUUAUGUUGAGUUUGGUGUUAGGAAGAGAAUAAUCUAUAUGUUUGUUC